AUGUCUGACACAACUCUUUUAUGUAUUGGCUCAGGGCCAGGAAUUGGCCGUUCAGUUACCUCCCUUUUUGCAACCAAGCAUUACAAAAAUGUUGCAUUGAUCGCUCGACGCCCUGACCAGCUGGAGAUCGAAAAAACUGCCGUGCAUGAGGCAGCAGGCCAGAGUGUCAACGUGCAAACAUAUGCUCUCGACGUCACUGACACCGACGCAUUAUUGCCUGCUCUUAACCAUAUCGAAGAGGAUCUGGGUAGAAUCGAGUGCGUUUUCUACAAUGCCGCUCGAGUUCAAAAGUCUUCUUUUUUCGACUAUGAUGUUAAGGAGAUCGAGUACGACUUUAAGAUCAGUGUUUCCGCACUUUACACCAUCACGCAGUACUCGAUGCCCCGUCUUGUUGAACUGGCAAACACCCCAUCGCAAUACAAGCCGGCAUUAAUUGUAACUAGCUCUAUGCUUCCAUUAAAGCCGAUGCCUGAUCUAUUUGCCUUGUCACUGGUCAAGGCUGCGCAACUCAACCUGGUCCAUAGUCUAGCUAUGGUAUAUAAACCACAGGGAGUUCACGUGGGGGUUAUUAAUGUCGCAGGGUUUGUUUCUGAAGAAGAAAAGGAACGAAAUCCCAAGAACAUUGCGGACAAAACCUGGGAAUGGUUCACAUCGGAUGGAGAAGACAUGCCCUUUGAGGUUCGAAUUUGA